AUGGCGGCCGAGGUCGUCCCAUUGCAGACGCUGAAGCUGGCCCAAGGGCCAGCGGCCAUGACGGCCGAGCAGCGCUACUGGAAGUCGUUCAAGAACCAAAAGUCGCACACGUCCACGGCCUCAUGGGGCGUCACACACAUUGGCUUUCCGGCCACAGCGGCUUUGUACGGCGGUGGGGCCACGGCCGUUGCCAGCGCGACGACGACGGCAGCCACGAAGCAAAACGACCUGUUUGCUGUCACGGCCGGUCCCCGCGUCGACAUUUACAGCAUCCGCAAGCGGGAGCUGAUCAAGACGAUUGGCCGGUUCGAGUCGGUGGCGCGCAGCGGCGAGAUCCGGCCCGACGGGCGUGUGCUGGUGGCGGGCGACGACUCGGGCAAGAUGCAGGUGUUUGACGUGGCCGGCGGCUCGCGGCCUGUGAUUCUCAAGACGUGGCACACGCACAAGCAGCCGACGUGGGUCACGCGCUGGUCGCCCACGGACCUCACGACCGUCAUGAGCGCGAGCGACGACAAGACCGUGCGCCUCUGGAGCCUGCCGCUGGCAGACCCCGUGCGCACCUUUGUCGGCCACCAGGACUACGUGCGCGCCGGCGCCUUUAUGCCCGGCGGCGGCGCCGGCAGCGCGGGCGCCGGCAGCAGCAGCAGCAACAACCACAUGAUGGUGACGGGCUCGUACGAUGCCACGGUGCGCCUCUGGGAUGCGCGUGCGCCGGGCGGCGCCGUGCUGACGUUCAAGCACGCGGCGCCCGUCGAGGCCGUCCUGCCCAUGCCUUCGGGUACGGCCAUCCUGGCGGCGUCUGACAAUACGGUGUCGGUGCUCGACGUGGUGGCGGCGCGGCCGCUGACGCUGCUGACGGCGCACCAAAAGACGGUGACGUCGCUGUGCCUGGCGUCGCACGGCGAGCGCGUCGUGUCGGGCGGCCUAGACGGCCACGUCAAGGUGUUUGAGACGGGCUCGUGGAACGUGGUGGCCAGCGCCAAGUACCCGUCGCCCGUGCUCAGCGUGUCGGUGAUCGCUGCAGGCGCCGGCGGCGACGACCGGCACCUGGCGGUCGGCAUGGUGUCGGGCGUGCUGAGCAUCCGCACGCGGCUGACGGGCCCGGCGGCCGAGCGCGAGAAGGACAAGAAGAAGGAGCGGGCCGCGCGCGACGCCGGCACCCUGGACAAGUACGAUGCCGCCAAGGCCAAGCGCAAGCAGCAAGCCGAGGCGCACGCGCGCAUCGACGCCGCGGGCGGCGACGCGGCUGAUUUUGUCAUUGACGGGUCCGGCAUAGGCAGCGGCAGCGGCAACGGCAACAACAACAAGCGCCGGCGCCGCGAGCCGCCAUGGCAGCGUGACCUGCGGCACCAGCGGUUUGGCGCCGCCCUCGACGCCGUACUGGACCCCAACUCACCCAACUAUGGCCCGCUCAACACGCUGACGCUGCUGACCGCCCUGCGGCACCGGAGUGCCCUGCGCGAUGCGCUGGAGAACCGCGACGAGGUGACGGUGCAGCCGAUUCUGCAGUGGGUCUGCCGGCACAUUGUGGACCCGCGGUUUACGCCCAUGUGUACGGACGUUGGCAUGCACCUCUUGGACCUCUAUGCCGAGUACGUGGCUGCGUCGGCCGAGCUGGACGCCGGCUUCCAGCUGCUGUGGAAGCGCGUGCGUCGCGAGGUCGAGCAGGCGCAGCUGGCGUGCCAGACGAGCGGCAUGGUGGAGAGCCUCAUGAUGAGCGCCAUGGCAUAG